AUGGCAUUCCUCUCCCUCAAGCGGACGGUGCUCCUCGGGGCCGCCCUGUUCCCGACGGCGGCUUGGUCCCAGCCAACUUAUCCCGGCAGCGGCGCGCCAAAGCUGGGGGCCGUUGCUUCCGAGAGCGAUGUCUGCAGCAGGAUCGGGACCAACCUGCUCGAGGACGGGGGCAAUGCCGUCGAUGCCCUUGUCGGCACCGUCUUCUGUGUGGGCGUCAUCGGCAUGUAUCACAGCGGCAUCGGCGGCGGCGGCUUCAUGCUGGUGCGCACCAGCAAUGGCACCUAUGAGUUCGUCGACUUCCGGGAGACGGCGCCAGCCGCGGCCUUUGAAGACAUGUUUCACAAUAACACCGACGCCAGCAUGUUUGGCGGUCUUGCCAGUGGUGUCCCCGGUGAGCUGAGAGGGACCGAGUAUGUCCACGAACGAUAUGGUAAGCUGUCGUGGGCCCAUGUCAUGGCCCCGGCCAUCAGGCUCGCCCGGGACGGCUUCACCGUGAGAGAGGAUCUGGUGAGGUACAUGGACUCCGUGUCGCCCAACAGCUUCUUCACUGAUGACCCGGCGUGGGCAAUCGACUUUGCCCCCCGCGGCCGCCGCGUCCAGCUAGGAGAGACCAUGACCCGGAGACGGUACGCCGACACGCUUGAAACCAUCGCCGAACGAGGUGCUGAAGCCUUUUACACGGGACCUCUUGCGAAAGCAACUAUUGCCGCUCUUCAAGACGCCAAUGGCACCAUGACGCUGGAGGAUCUCAAAAACUAUACCAUCACACUGAGAAAGCCCGCGGCUAUCAACUACCGGGGCUACAAGCUGACGAGCACCAGCGCGCCGUCUAGCGGUGUCGUCGCCCUUAGUGCUCUCAACGUCGUCAGCGGCUACGAUGGCUUCAACGACCCCUCCCAGGCCAACUUGUCGACCCACCGUCUCGACGAGGCCAUGCGGUUUGCUUACGGACAGCGAACCGUCCUAGGCGACCCGUCUUUCGUGGAUAGGCUUGCCGAGUACACGGAGAUAAUGGUUUCCCCUGAGACAGGAGAGCACACUCGGGCCAAAAUCUCCGACUUUACCACCCAAGACGUUGCGUACUAUGAUCCCGAGGGCAUCGAGUCCCUCAACACACCAGGCACGUCGCAUAUUGUGGCUGCCGAUGCAAGCGGCAUGUCGGUAUCGCUGACCACCACCGUUAACCUGCUCUUCGGAUCCCGCAUUAUGGUCCCUGAGACGGGCGUUAUCAUGAACAAUGAAAUGAGCGACUUUAGCGUCCCCAACAUAAGCAAUCCAUUCGGCUACGCCCCGAGCCCGUCCAAUUUCAUCCGCCCAGGCAAGCGGCCCCUGUCGUCCAUUUCGCCCAUCAUCGUCGAAUCGCCCGACGGCAAGCUGUUCUUCUCCAUCGGCGCAGCAGGCGGCAGCCGCAUCACCACUGCCACGAUCCAGUGCGUGAUUCACGCGCUGGACGGCAAAAUGACCACGGCCGAGGCUCUCGCACAACCCCGAAUACACGACCAGCUCAUCCCCAAUCUAGUGACGUUUGAGUAUGCAUUUGAUAACUCGACUGUCGCGUUCUUAAAGUCACUCCACCAUAACGUGACGUGGGUUGCGCCGGGACAGAGCGCCGCUCAGGGCUUGCGACUGCUUCCAAACGGCACGUUUGAAGCAGCAGGGGAUCCGAGACAGAAGAACUCGGGCGGCUUUGCCGUUUAA